UGUGGUUCACUUUUUUGACAGAACGAAACUGGUCUUCAUUUAAGUCAUUUUGUUUUCAUUAAAAAAAUACCGAAAAUUUUUCAUUACGAAAAUAAAAGCAAAUUUUUCCGCCUUGUAAAAUGGUUGCACACAUAGCCAAUCAAUAUUAUGAUCAGGAGUCUAUUGUUUCUGAGCCGUGGCCAACCGAUGCGAAACUGUAUCAGCCGAAUGACGACACUCAAAUUUUACUGGCUGAAAGUGCAAGUUGCCUCGCCGUUAAAACCUAUCUGAAGAUGUGUAAUCUGGAUUACGAAGUGAAGACCUGUGCUAAUGCAGAAUUUAUGUCGCCCGGAGGUCGAAUGACCAAACUGCCUUUUCUUCAAUGUGGUGCCUUUGUUAUUCCAGAAAUGGAGCACAUUGUCAGCUUUGUUGAAAGCAAGGGAAAAUCAUUAACCGACGACCUGAAACUGGACGCCGAUGAAAAGUCGGAUUUGCGAGCGUAUUUUUCGUUGACGGAAAAUAUUUUCUCACACGCCGAGUUGUAUGUCAGUUGGAUCGAUCAAAGUGUUUUGGAGAAAGUGACUCUAAUACGGAACGGGUCGGCGUUUCCAUGGCCAUUAAACCAUUUGCAGAAUUAUCGAAAAAAGCAACAAGUGCUGAGACAUUUGAAAGUGUUUGAAUGGUCGGACAUCACAAUCGACGAGGUGGCUGAGAAAGUGGGCAAGUGCUGUGAGAAUCUGUGUGAGAAACUCGGCGAGAAAUUGUUUACGUUUGGUGAUCUACCAACCGAACUGGAUGCACUGAUAUUCGGACACAUUUACACCAUCAUCACCACAGACUUACCGAACAAUAUACUUGCCGAAACCGUAAGAAAUUUCCCAAAACUCUUAAAUUUCUGUAAUCGGAUCGACAGAGCCUAUUUCACCGUCAAAAAGUAGCCUUCUGUGAACUAUCUGUUGAAUUUACAAAUAAAUCAGUCAACGUUUUAAAUCGCUUUA